UACGGUGGCCGAGUAGGCUAGCGGAGGCAGGAUGGAGUCGGUGGUGUUCAUUUUUUCGCUCAUUGACUGCUGUGCUCUGAUUUUCCUUUCCGUUUAUUUCAUAAUUACAUUAUCAGAUUUGGAGUGUGACUACAUUAAUGCCAGAUCUUGCUGUUCAAAAUUAAAUAAAUGGGUGAUCCCUGAAUUGAUUGGCCAUACCAUUGUCACUGUAUUAAUGCUUAUUUCACUGCACUGGUUCAUCUUCCUUCUCAAUUUACCUGUAGCAACCUGGAAUAUAUAUAGGUAUAUUAUGGUUCCCAGUGGAAACAUGGGGGUAUUUGACCCCACAGAGAUUCAUAAUCGAGGACAGCUGAAAUCCCAUAUGAAGGAGGCCAUGAUUAAGCUUGGCUUUCAUCUCAUUUGCUUUUUCAUGUACCUUUACAGUAUGAUCCUGGCUUUGAUAAAUGAUUGAAGUUAAAAUGGAGGUAUCGUGGUUGCUGAUUUCUUAAUUGUCACUCCAUUGAAACAUUGUGGAACCAGGUGCAGCUUUCAAGUAAACCUCGACCAGUGUCGUCACGCAGUAUAUUUUUUCCUCUUUGAACAAAAAUAUUUUUGCUGUAUUUUUUAACAUAUUAAAAUAUUUAAAA